AAAACAGAUAGGAAAGAUUGCCUCACAAGUCACAACAUUCCUAAGUUUGCAAUGGCGGGAAUCCCAGAUCAUAUCCAAGACCAACAUCUUGUGGAGGAGGAUCAACCCUUUGAUCUGGAAGAUUGGCUUCCAAUCACAGCAUCAAGGAAUGCCAAUUGGUAUUAUUCAGCUUUCCACAACGUCACUGCCAUUGUUGGUGCUGGCGUUCUCGGUCUUCCUUACGCCAUGUCAGAGCUUGGAUGGGGACCUGGGGUUGUGGUGUUGAUCCUGUCAUGGGUGAUCACGUUAUACACCCUCUGGCAAAUGAUUGAGAUGCAUGAGAUGUUUGAAGGGCAACGGUUCGAUAGGUACCAUGAGCUGGGUCAGGCAGCCUUUGGUAAAAAGCUUGGUUUGUACAUCAUCGUGCCCCUACAACUACUUGUCGAGAUCAGUGUGUGCAUAGUCUAUAUGGUCACUGGAGGUAAAUCCCUGAAGAAUGUACAUGACCUUGCUUUGGGAGAUGGUGACAAGUGCACAAAGCUUAGAAUUCAACACUUCAUUUUGAUCUUUGCCUCUUCACAGUUCGUGCUCUCCCUUCUUAAGAACUUCAACUCCAUUUCUGGUGUCUCCUUGGUAGCUGCUGUCAUGUCUGUCAGCUAUUCUACAAUUGCUUGGGUAGCCUCGCUGAGGAAGGGUGCCACCACCGGGAGUGUAGAGUACGGCUAUAGAAAAAGAACAACCUCAGUGCCAUUAGCCUUCUUAAGUGCACUGGGUGAAAUGGCUUUUGCGUACGCAGGUCAUAACGUUGUUUUGGAAAUUCAAGCAACGAUCCCAUCAACACCAGAGAACCCAUCAAAACGACCCAUGUGGAAGGGAGCGGUUGUAGCCUAUAUCAUUGUAGCUUUCUGCUACUUCCCUGUGGCACUUGUAGGUUUCAAGACCUUUGGAAACAGUGUUGAAGAGAGCAUCCUCGAAUCACUAACAAAACCAACGGCACUUGUCAUUGUGGCCAACAUGUUUGUGGUCAUACAUCUCUUGGGAAGCUACCAGGUGUAUGCGAUGCCCGUGUUUGACAUGAUCGAAUCUGUAAUGAUAAGGAUAUGGCACUUCAGUCCAACAAGAGUUCUACGGUUUACCAUCCGAUGGACUUUUGUGGCCGCCACGAUGGGAAUAGCGGUCGGUUUACCGUAUUACAGCGCAUUGCUGUCAUUUUUUGGGGGAUUUGUGUUCGCCCCGACCACAUACUUUAUCCCAUGCAUCAUGUGGCUGAUCCUAAAGAAACCAAAGAGAUUUAGUCUCUCAUGGUGUAUGAACUGGUUUUGCAUCAUUUUUGGGCUUGUGCUGAUGAUCAUAGCACCUAUUGGGGGACUGGCCAAACUAAUCUAUAAUAUUCAAAAGGGCACUCUACCUAAUUCAAGAUGCAACUUACCUAAACACUGACGAUUGCCUUGUAGGUAACAUAAAUUGGUUGGAC